CAGAGGCUCCGGCCCGCGCGCAGCCCGGCUCCCGCCCGCCACUCCCAGGAUGCCCGUGGCCGAGGCUCCCCAGGCGGCCGGAGGACCCGGUGACGGCGGCGGUGGAGACGGCGAGGAGGCGGAGCCGGAGGGAAUGUUCAAGCCCCCCAAGCGCCCCAAGAGGGGGGUCCGGAACUACCUCCGCCUGGCGCCCCUGGGCCUAGGGCUGGUGGCGCUGGUGUCCGUGGGGGCGCUGCUCUGGCACUUCCUAGGGUCCAGGGCCCAGGGCAGCGUCAGCCAGGUGUACUCGGGCAGCCUCCGGGUGCUCAAUCGCCGCUUCUCCCAGGACCUGGCCCGCCGCGAGUCCAGCGCCUUCCGCAGCGAGACCGCCAAAGCCCAGAAGAUGCUCCAGGAGCUCAUCGCCAGCACCCGCCUGGGGAGCUACUACAACUCCAGCUCCGUCUACUCCUUCGGGGAAGGCCCCUUCACCUGCUUCUUCUGGUUCAUCCUGCAAAUCCCGGAGCACCUCCAGCCCGUGCUGGACCCCGAGCUGGUGCGGUCGCUCCUGGUGGAGGCGCUUGUGGCCAACGGCUCCCAGCCUGCUCCCUACCGAGCCGAGUACGAGGUGGACCCCGAGGGCCUGGUGAUCCUGGAAGCCAGCACGAGGGACCUAGUGGCGCUGAACGCCACUUUGGGCUGCUAUCGCUACCACUCCGUGGGGCAGGGCCAGGUCCUCCGGCUGAAGGGGCCCGACCACCUGGCCCCCAGCUGCCUGUGGCACCUCCAGGGCCCGGAGCCCCUCAUGCUCAAGCUCCGGCUCGAGUGGACGCGGCCCGACUGCAGGGACCGGCUGGCCAUGUACGACGCGGCUGGGCCCCUGGAGAGGAGACUCAUCACCUCGGUGUACGGCUGCAGCCGCCAGGAGCCGGUGGUGGAGGUGCUGGCGUCGGGGGCCGUCAUGGCGGUGGUCUGGAAGAAGGCUCUGCACAGCUACUACGACCCCUUCGUGCUCUCCGUGCAGCCCGUGGCCUUCCAGGCCUGUGAGGCCAACCUGACCCUGGAGCGGCGGCUGGAGCCUCAGGGAACCCUCAGCACCCCCUACUUCCCCAGCUACUACUCCCCCACCACGCACUGCUACUGGCAUCUCACGGUGCCAUCCCUGGACUAUGGCCUGGCGCUCUGGUUCGACGCUUAUGCACUGCGGAGGCAGAAGUACGGGCUGCCCUGCACCCAGGGCCAGUGGACCAUCCAGAACAGGAGGCUGUGCGGCCUCCGCACCCUGCAGCCCUACGCCGAGAGGAUCCCCGUGGUGGCCACCGCCGGCAUCACUGUCAACUUCACGUCGCAGAUCUCACUCACGGGCCCCGGCGUGCAGGUGUACUACGGCCUGUACAACCAGUCGGACCCCUGCCCCGGGGAGUUCCUGUGCUCGGUGAACGGGCUCUGCGUGCCCGCCUGUGACGGGGUCAAGGACUGCCCCAACGGCCUGGACGAGAGGAACUGUGUCUGCAGAGCCACCUUCCAGUGCCAGGAGGACAGCACGUGCAUCUCGCUGGCCAGGGUCUGCGACCAGCAGCCGGACUGCCUCAACGGGAGCGACGAGGAGCAGUGCCAGGAGGGGGUGCCCUGCGGCACCUUCACCUUCCAGUGUGAGGACCGGAGCUGCGUGAGGAAACCCAACCCGCAGUGUGACGGGCAGGUGGACUGUAGGGACGGCUCGGACGAGCAGGACUGCGACUGUGGCCUCCAGGGUCCCUCGGGCCGCAUCGUGGGCGGGGCCGCGUCCUCCGAGGGCGAGUGGCCGUGGCAGGCCAGCCUCCAGGUCCGCGGCCGGCACAUCUGCGGGGGCGCCCUCAUCCAUGACCGCUGGGUGAUCACAGCUGCCCACUGCUUCCAAGAAGACAGCAUGGCCUCGCCGGCGCUGUGGACCGUGUUCCUGGGCAAGGUGUGGCAGAACUCGCGCUGGCCGGGCGAGGUGUCCUUCAAGGUGCGCCGCCUGCUGCUGCACCCCUACCACGAGGAGGACAGCCACGACUACGACGUGGCGCUGCUGCAGCUCGACCACCCCGUGGUGCGCUCGGCCACCGUGCGCCCCGUCUGCCUGCCCGCGCGCUCCCACUUCUUCGAGCCGGGCCUGCACUGCUGGAUCACGGGUUGGGGCGCCCAGCGCGAGGGCGGCCCCACCAGCAACGGGCUGCAGAAGGCAGACGUGGAGCUGGUGCCCCAGGACCUGUGCAGCGAGGCCUACCGCUACCAGGUGACGCCCCGCAUGCUGUGUGCCGGCUACCGCAAGGGCCACAAGGACGCCUGCCAGGGAGACUCCGGGGGCCCGCUGGUGUGCAAGGAGCAGAGUGGCCGCUGGUUCCUGGCGGGGCUGGUCAGCUGGGGCCUGGGCUGCGGCCGCCCCAACUACUUCGGCGUCUACACGCGCAUCACCGGGGUCAUCGGCUGGAUCCAGCAGGUGCUGACCUGAGGAGCUGGGCCACGCCACCUCUCGGACUCUCACAGCCCGGGGCGCCCCCUGGCGGCAGGGAGCAAGUAUUGGGGGGCGGGGUGCCGGGCUUUUGCGGGGCUGGAGGUGCCCCGCCCCCCCCCCCCCCCCGCGCCCUCCCCGUGGAGGUUCGGGGCAGGGGAGCGGUCAGCCUGCACCCCCAUUCUCCCCCCCACUUCCCCCCUGCUGACUGUGGGGGGCCGGGGAGGCGGUCACAGCGACACCGCGGCUCCGUGUCCUGGGGGGCAGCAGAGACGCCCCACCGCA